AUGCCACCAAGGAGAGUCUUACGGACACGGACAGUUAAUCCACCCCCACCUCCACCGAUGCCUACAAACGAGGCUGAAUUAAAUGCACUAAUAGAACAGAGGAUCGCCCAAGCUAUCGCACUGUAUGAGGCAUCCCGUGUCGAACAAAGUGGUGGCAUCGGCGGAUCGGGAGGCCAGGGUCAAGGCGGUAGUUCAGGUGGAACAAAUAAUACGGGGUGCACAUUCAAGCAGUUUCUGGACUGCAAGCCACUCAACUACGAUGGCACAGGCGGUACUGUGGCUUACGUGAGAUGGACUGAGAAAACGGAUUCCACAAUCAGAAUGAGCAGAUGUUCCGCUAAUCAGCAAGUCACUUUCGUUACUUGCUUGUUUCUUAACGAGGCCCUUACAUGGUGGAACUUACAAGUGCAAACUUUGGGUGAUAACGCUGCUUAUGCGUUAACUUGGGAGGAACUGAAGGAACGUAUGAGGGAUAAGUACUGUUCUCGUGCUGAACUCCAGAAGUUGGAGAACGAGUUUUGGAACCUUACCAUGGUCGGAGCUGAUAUCACGGGAUAUACGCAAAGGUUUCACGAUCUGUCCCGCGUGAUUCCUUAUCUUGUGACACCAGAAUACAAGCGUAUCGAACGCUACAUCUGGGGACUUUCUGACAAAAUUCGAAGUUUGGUUACUGCAGCUAAACCCACGACUAUUACUCAGGCUGUGACUAUAGCCGUGAGUCUUACUGAAGACGGGGUCAGGAUGAAAAUAUUCGGUGAGAAAGGUGAUGAUAAAAAGGAAACACAUGCCGAGUCUUCCAACCGUGGGAAGAGAAAUUACUCGAAUUUCAAGAAGGGAACCCGCGCCACAAACGACACUGGUCCUAAGAAGUACGCUGGUACUUUACCUAAGUGUGAGCGAUGCAAAUAUCAUCACUUGGGUGAUUGUCGGGUUGUCAAGUGUGACAAGUGUGGCAAGAAUGGCCACCGUGCUGAAUCAUGUUGGGGAACGGGAAAUAAUACUGGAUCGGGAAGUGGAUUUGAUAACAAGAAUGGGAACGGGAAUGGUCGUGGUCAAGGAUGCUUUGGAUGCGGAAGCAAAGAUCACUACAAGAAAGAUUGUCCUAAAGAAAACCAAGCUCGUGGUCGAUCUUUUGUGAUUGGAGCCAAGGAUGCGCGCCAAGACCCUAAUGUGGUCACUGGUACGUUUCUCCUCAAUGAUCAUUUCGCAUCCAUAUUAUUUGAUACCGGAGCCGAUUUUAGUUUUAUCUCUAUAGAAUUUAAAAAUAUUCUGGGCUUGGAACCUAGUAAGCUAGAUGUUCCAUAUUCUAUAGAAUUGGCUAACGGUAGACUAAUAGAGACGGGAGAAGUUGUUAAGGAGUGUACCUUAGAACUUGGCGAACAAAAAUUCAAUAUCGAUCUCUUACCCAUUGAAUUGGGUAGUUUCAACGUAGUGGUUGGCAUGGAUUGGCUAUCCAACAAUCGAGCCGAAGUCGUCUGCCACGAGAAGAUAAUUCGACUACCACUACCGAACGAAGAGACACUUGUUAUACAUGGAGAGAAGCGUGACACCCCAUUACGGAUCAUCAAUUGCAUGAAAGCACAGAAAUACCUACGGAAAGGUUAUAUUGCCUUUCUAGCGCAUGUUGUAGACAAGAAGGCCGAUGGGCCGAAGUUGACGGAUAUUCCGGUAGUAAAAGAAUUUCCUGAAGUCUUUCCUGAAGACUUGCCAUGA